AUGAAUUUUUUAUCUUUCAAUGUCCGCGGUCUUGGGGGAGAGGAGAAGCAGGGUUGGGUUAGAAGUUUGAGAGCAAAAAAUGGUAUCAAUUUUUUGGCUUUAGGGGAAUCGAAAAAGAGUUCGGUGACGAUCGGGGAUAUCUCUGGUUUUUGGGGGAGUGGGAUUUUCGAUUUUGCUAGUGUUGAUUCUGUUGGAUUUUCAGGUGGGUUAGUUUGCUUGUGGGAUAAUUCUAUGUUUAAACAGACAUCGGUUUCCAAGAACUGGAAUUUUCUGCUAAUUAGGGGCUCUAUUGUGGGAAGUGGAGUUGUGCUGAAUGUUUUGAACGUUUAUGCUCCUCAAAGUGUUCAUGCUAAAAAAUUACUAUGGGAUGAGCUAGCCUGGGUGAUCGCUGAGACCGAUGGUUUUUGGGUAGUCACAGGUGAUUUUAACGUUGUUCGACACCGGGAGGAGAAGAGGAAUUGUGCGUUUAAGCAAGCAUGUGCUAAUAAUUUUAAUUCCUUUAUUUAUGAAGCUGGGUUGGUCGAAUAUAAUAUGUCUGGCAGGAAAUUCACUUGUUCGUCGAAUAAUGGGAGGAAACUUAGCAAAUUGGAUAGAUUCUUGGUUUGCUCUGGUUUUUUCAAUGUGUGGCCGGAAGCGAGUGUGGUGGCUCUUUCGUGUUAUUUUUCUGAUCAAUGUCCGAUUAUUUUGAAGUCCGUUGCUGCCAACUUUGGGGCAAGGCCUUUUCGGAUUUUUGACUCUUGGUUUGGGAAACAGGGGUUUGAUGAUGUCGUUGUCAGUACUUUGAGUGGGCCUUCUUGUCCCCACGGUCUUCAUGACCUUGCGCUUUCGAAGAAAUUGGGUGUUCUUAGAGUUAAAUUAAAAGAGUGGAGGGACAACAUGUUAAAAGAAAGCUCUGAGGAGGUGGCUGUGGCCAUGACGGAUCUUGAAAACAUCGAAUCUGUGAUGGAGGAGAGGGAUCUGACUGAAGAAAAGGAGUGGAUUUUGCUGGAAAGCAAAAAGAUUCUUAAAGAUGAAGAAGCUCGAAAAAUCAAAGAUUUUAAGCAAAGAUCAAGGAUUAGAUGGGCGAAGGAGGGUGAUGAAAAUUCUAAGUUUUUCCAUACCAUGAUUAAUUGCAGGAAGGCCAGCAACAUCAUUCAAGGUUUGAACGUGGAUGGGGUGUGGGUGACGAAGCUAAGACGAUUCUCUAACAUCUUGUCGGACUUUUACGAUUCUGGGAAGAUUAAUUUGGGGUGUGGUUCUUCUUUUAUUGCACUGAUUCAUAAAGUCAAAGACCCGCAAGGGUUGAAGGACUAUUGGCCAAUUAGUUUAGUGGGAGUCAUUGACAAGGUGAUCUCGACAAUCUUGGCUAGUAGGCUUAAGACGGUGUUGGAUUCUAUUGUAUCGACUUCCCAGUCGGCAUUCGUUUGUGGGAGGUAUAUUCUGGAUGGCCCGCUAAUCAUUAACGAGAUUCAGAAUUGGUCCAAAAGAGUCAACAAAAAAGUUUUUAUGCUAAUGACUGAUUUUGAGAAAGCAUAUGAUAAUGUUCAUUGGAAUUUCGUGGUGGAUAUCUUAGCUCAAAUGGGCUUCUCCUACAGAUGGUGUUUAUGGAUUAAAGGUAUUUUGGAGUCGGCUAGGGUUUUUGUCAUAGUUAUGGAAGCGUUAUCGCAUAUGAUUGAAAGGGCUUGUGCAUCGGGUCUGUUGAAAGGUGUUUCUCUCCCUAAUGAUGGCCCUACCGUUUCACAUCUUCUUUAUGCUGACGAUGCUAUUAUUAUGGGGGAUUGGAGUCGUGAUAAUAUUCUGAACGUUGUGAGAAUUCUAAGGUGCUUUCACUCAUGUUCUAGCCUUCAAAAUAAAUUUACCAAGUCAAAUCUUUUCGGGCGCGGGUUGAUCAAAGGGGAGGUCGAAGAUAUGGCUGUAUUGGUGGGUUGCAAAGCUGCUACCCUUCCGUUUAAAUAUUUGGGUUUGACUGUCAGGGUCAAUAUGAAUUGUAUUUCAAACUGUAGACCUGUUUUUGAUAUAUUCGAGAAACGUCUCGCUCUUUGGAAAGCUUUUUUUCUGUCUAUAGGUUGGAGAGUCACCUUGAUUCAGUCGGUUCUGGAGAGUCUUCCUUCUUACUUUCUUUCCCUUUAUCAGGCUCCAAUUAAGGUGUUAGCUGACUUGGAGGCUAUGAUUAGGAGAUUUCUAUGGGGAGGCUCUUCAGAUGUUAAGAAAUUACACUGGGUCGCUUGGGAUAGAGUCACGUCUCCGAAGCAGGAGAACCUGUGGGUUAAGGUGAUUGAGGCGUUACACGUGGGUGGAUCCAAGUGGGAUUUUUUCCCAGCGAAAAAAGCGAAUGGUGGUGUUUGGUGCAAUAUUGUCUCGGUGCUGAACAAGCCGGUAGCGGAUAAUGCGGCUAUUCGGAACUUGUUUAAAGGAGUGGUGGGUAGGGGUGAUAGCAUUAUAUUUUGGCUGGACCCAUGGUUAUUUGAUGUUCCGUUGAAAGAUAUGUUCCCUUCCCUUUUUCAUUUGGAGGUUGUGAAAAAUUGUUGUGUUCGUGAUCGGAUUCUCGGAGAGGGUCUUUGGUUAUGGAGACAUGUCCCAAACUCUGAGGUCGAAGUGGCUGAAUGGCGCGAUUUGGUCUUGGCCCUGAGCUCGGUGACUUUGUCUGAUUCUCUUGAUCGUUGGAGGUGGGUUGGGUCUGGCUCGGAGGGUUUUUCGGUUGCGGCUGUGAAGAAGUUUAUUGAGGCAAAAAGUGAUUACAACAAUAGAUUCGUGAUGGAUUGGUGUAAGUGGGUCCUGUUAAAAUGUAAUAUUUUGGCGUGGCGGGCGGAGAUGGAUAGGAUUCCGACUGUGGAGGCGCUUGUAGCAAGGGGUGUGGUGGUGGAUGGUGAAGAAUGUAGCUUUUGUGGGUCCGGUCCCGAUUCUGUGUUGCAUAUUUUUACUGCGUGUCCUGUGGCCUUGGGAGUGUGGGAAAAAAUUAGUUUCUGGUGCCGGAUUAUGAAUUUUUUCGUCUUCUCGUUUAGAGAUUUGCUUGCGGUUCAUUCCUUUGGAGAUAGGGGGCCGCUGGAAAGGAAGGCUCUACAAGGUAUUGUGAUAUCGGCUUGUUGGUGUUUGUGGAAGGCUAGAAACUGUCUCAGAUUCAACGGCAAGAGGAGUAGUGUCGAUGACAUCUUCUCCGAGGUUAGGACGGUUAGUUUUUUUUGGUUCAAGCAUAGGGAGAAGAAAGGUUUGUUAGACUGGGGAGACUGGUGUAAAUUUGUAAAUAUGUAG